GCGCUGCGCUCUCGCGCCGCCAACGUCGCCGCCACCAACGAUGGCGGCCGAGACGACGUCCUGGGAGAAGCUGCGCAGCCGCGCGCGCUACCUGGAAGCGGAGCUCGAGCGGUCGCUGCCGAACCUCGUGAGCCUCGUCGCGCGGCCGUCGACGAGCGGCGCCGAGGAGUCGCGGCUCAGCGCGAGCAUGGAGGGCCUGCUCGCGGAGCUGCGCGACGUCGCCGACGCCAUGGCCGUCGAGGUGGAGAAAGCGCCGUCGGCGGCGCGCAACGCGAUCCUCCAGCGGUCGCGGGAGGUCGCGGGCGACUUCGAGCGCGAGCGCAAGAAGGCGAUGCGCGAGGUAAAAACGAACAGCGACCGGUCGCGGCUCUUCUGCGGCGCGGAUGCCGACGACCCGGAGGCCGGCGGCGAGCACCUGCAGCCCAUCCUCAAGGAGCGCAAGCACCUGGGCAACGCGAGCCGCGGCGUCGGCGACGUCCUCGACCAGGCCGCCGAGGCGCGGAGCGACCUCGCGGCGCAGCGCGCGGCGCUCGAGGGCAGCGAGCUCACGCUCGGCGGCCUCGUCGCCAAGCUGCCCACGGUCGAGGGCGUCAUCGAGGCCAUGCGGCAGAAGCAGACGCGCAACAACGCCAUCAUCGGCGUCACGAUCGGCUGCUGCUCGAGCUUCCUCCUCUGGGCCGUCUUCGCGUAGUAGGUUUAGCCCUC